ACGUUUCUCGAGGUUUUAUGACAUCUGGAAAUGAAACAUGAACAUUUCCAGCUGCUUCGCCAUGCAAGAGUUUAUUCAGUUUAGUAUGCGAUGCCAAGUAUGGUAGGUCUGAAAAUAUAGGCUCGUGCAAAUUCUAUUAACAAUAAUCACGUAAUAACUACUUCAACAAUUCUCCUUAUGUCAUUGGUCACAACGCAAUUCUCAGCCGGAAUGACUGGGGGUCCAAUUUCAAUCAAUGGCGUCAGACGACCGCUGGAAAAAGUCUGAGACCUCAUUCGCUGCACACAUUCACAGGAGAGGGCAUCACUCGCACUGAUAAACAAACACAGGAAUGGAAAUAUACUUGUAUGUGGAUUUGGAUUUUCAAUAGGCUACAAAACACAUGCGAGGUAGGCUACAUCUUAUUAUUGGGAGCGUGACUCCACGGAUACUAUUUUCCCAGCGACUCCCACAUAUGGGAAGGGCUGACAAGCUAUCAAGCCUAACUAAACUGGCCUGUUCGAAUUAGCCAAUAUGAUGAUGUCAUCGCGUCUCCACUUUUUCUUCAAGUUAUGGCGGAGCUGAAGUUUUUAGCCUUGCCUGGCAAUUAAGCAUUGAAGCGCAUCAAUGGAGCACCUUCAAGGAGCCUGGAGGAGCAUAAGCAAUGGUCUUGGAGGGAAAGACUCCGUGUUUGAGGACCAUUGCACUUCGCCAACUGUUGCCCAAGCUUUCCCAUAUCUUCGCCGUGCUUCGGAUGACAGCAAAACUCCUGACCGGACGAGCAGCACCAUCCGAGUCUACCUCCCCAACCAGCAACGCACCGUGGUGAAUGUACGUCCUGGCAUGACUUUGCAAAGCUGCCUCAUAAAGGCUCUGAAGGUCCGGGGUCUUCAGCCAGAAUGCUGCGCCGUCUACCGCCUCCACGCAGGCCACAGGAGUUUAAAGACUCGCAUGGAUUGGAGUACAGACUCCACUUCACUUAUCGGGGAAGAAUUGCAGGUGGAGGUUUUGGAUCACGUCCCCCUUACGACACACAACUUUGUUCGGAAAACAUUCUUGAAGUUGGCCUUCUGUGACAUUUGCCAGAAGUUCCUCUUGAAUGGCUUUCGCUGCCAAACGUGUGGCUACAAAUUCCAUGAGCACUGCAGCACCAAAGUGCCGACCAUGUGCGUGGACUGGAGCAACAUCAGGCAACUCCUGUUGUUCCCAACGCCGGGUGAAAGUGGUGGUGCGUCAUAUCCUCCACUCUCUUCUCGUCGAAUGAGAGAGUCAAUCAACCGAGUCCCAAGCGGGUCCUUCCACAGAUACUCAACCUCUCAUGCCCCGUACCCUACGUCUGGCUCGGCUCUGUCCCAGCGCCAGAGGUCCACGUCCACCCCUAACGUCCACAUGGUCGCCACCCUACCCAUCGACAGCAGCAUGAUUGAGCUAGAUUUCCUGAAUGCCUGUCCUAGCUCCUGGUGCCAUCGAUUUUGUCCGAGGAGAAGAGAUGCAAUGCUAGGUCAUAGUUCAGAUGGAAGCUCCCCGAGCCACAGCCCUACCGGAUGGUCCACACCUAAAGCACCAGCCCCAGCACAGAAGGAGAGGGCAGGAUCCUUUGGCGAUAAGGAGAAAAUCAAGAUCCGGCCGAGGGAUAAGAGAGAUUCCAGCUACUACUGGGAGAUCGAAGCCAGUGAGGUCAUCCUUCAACAGCGAAUCGGAUCGGGCUCCUUUGGAACUGUACACAAAGGGAAAUGGCACGGUGAUGUUGCAGUCAAGAUUUUAAAGGUGAUCAACCCCACACCAGAGCAGUUCCAAGCUUUCCGUAAUGAGGUUGCAGUGUUAAGGAAGACCAGACAUGUCAACAUCCUGUUGUUUAUGGGCUACAUGACGAAAGGAAACCUUGCCAUUGUGACUCAGUGGUGUGAGGGAAGCAGUCUGUACAAGCAUCUCCACAUGCUGGAGACCAACUUCCAGAUGUUCCAACUCAUCGAUAUCGCCAGGCAGACGGCUCAGGGCAUGGAUUAUUUGCAUGCAAAGAACAUCAUUCAUCGAGACAUGAAAUCAAACAACAUUUUCUUGCAUGAGGGCUUGACGGUGAAAAUAGGAGACUUUGGUCUAGCCACCGUAAAGGCUCGAUGGAGUGGGUCCCACCAAGUGGAACAGCCUUCAGGGUCCAUACUAUGGAUGGCUCCUGAAGUCAUCCGAAUGGAGGACAACAAUCCGUACAGCUUCCAGUCCGAUGUCUACUCCUACGGAAUGGUGCUCUACGAGCUGAUGACUGGCGAGCUUCCCUAUUCCCAGAUCUCCAGCCGGGAUCAGAUCAUCUUCAUGGUAGGCCGAGGCUACCUGUGUCCAGACCUUAGUAAGCUCUACAAGAGCUGUCCCAAAGCCAUGAAGAGGCUGGUGGCCGACUGCAUCAAGAAGUCCAAGGAUGAGCGACCUCUCUUCCCUCAGAUCCUGUCGUCCAUCGAGCUGCUGCAGCACUCGCUCCCCAAGAUCAACAGGAGUACCUCCGAGCCCUCCCUGCACAGAGCCUCGCACACAGAGGACAUCAACUCCUGCACUUUUACCUCCAUGAGGGUGCCAGUCUUCUAAUGCCAGGCCCAACAAGCGCUGCACACACACCCACAUACAUACACACACACACGGAAGCCACAUGGACGCUCCCCUGUGUGACCGACCGUGUCCACUCAAUACCUUCUGGGGACAAAAUGUCCUCAUGGAAGUCAUUGCCUGAAGGUGGACGUCUGGAUGUAUGAAGGGAAGCAGAACGAGACAGACAGACAAACAGGUGGACAGAGAGACAGACACAGAGUUGCUCUUGGCCUGUGCGGUUGCAAAUGACAGUGGCUUGUCUGCUUCUCGUUGGCUUAUUGGGGAGAUGUUGUCCCUGUGUAGAGGAGCAGAAAUUACCCUCCAGAAGAAUGAAUCGAAGCCUUGUUUUUCCCCAGUCGUGAAGAGACAGAUUUUUUUUUUUAAGUGCGAUCCUGUUUAAAUUCAGACAACCGUGCAAACUAACAAAUUGACUGUUUUUCUUUUUGUCUGUCUGCUAUAUCACGGUCACGAUUAUGAAAUGUAGUUAUUUUUGGCCAUGAAAUGGUGUUAAUAUUUAAAAAGAGAUGGUCAGCAGCAUUUUUUAAGAAAAAAAUACAGACAGUCUUGUACUGUUUUUUUGUUUAUUUGUUUUUGGGUUAUUUUUUUGUGAAAGUGGAGAGGGUUUUUUUCCUUGAGAAAGUGGAGAUUUCUGUUAAUUGAUCUCGUUUUAUUUUAAUAAAAAAGUAAGUUAAUCUUAACUAUCAGUAAAUGCAGUUACACACAG